GAGGCGCCGUCCGGUUGUCAAAAUAUUGUUUGUGUUGCGGUUUUAUUUAAUUAAAAUCUAAAAGUAUUUCGUUUAAUACUGAAAUAAUUUAAAUUGAUUUGAAUCGACCAUUUUCAACAUGACGCAAUUCAUUGACAAAUUCAAACAAUUAGACGCCUAUGCUAAGACUUUGGAAGAUUUUAGAGUUAAAACUACAACGGGGGCAACCGUUACAAUCAUUGGUGGCUGUAUAAUGAUACUGCUGUUUAUGUCUGAACUGCAUACUUACCUAUCCCCAAACAUUUCAGAAGAACUUUUUGUGGAUACAUCCAGAGGCCACAAAUUACGCAUUAACUUAGAUAUUAUAGUACCUACAAUAUCAUGUAACUAUUUAGUUCUAGAUGCUAUGGAUUCUUCUGGUGAACAGCAUCUUCAAAUGGAACAAAACAUUCAUAAGAGGAGAUUGGAUCUCGAUGGUAAUGCGAUUGAAGAACCAAAAAAAGAAGAAAUAUCAACAGCAUCAACAUUGAAGCAAAACAACAGUGAAAUAGCAACAUUAACAUGCGGUAGCUGUUAUGGAGCAGCUUUCAAUGAGUCUCAAUGCUGCAAUACAUGUGAUGAUGUAAAAGAAGCAUAUAGAUUGCGAAGGUGGGCUCUUCCCCAUUUAAGUACUAUAGAACAAUGCAAAAAUGAUGAAUCUGUUGAGAAAUUGAAUUUAGCUCUCAAAGAAGGAUGUCAAAUAUAUGGUUACAUGGAAGUAAACAGAGUUGGUGGCAGUUUUCACAUUGCACCUGGAAAAAGCUUCACAAUAAGUCAUGUUCAUGUACAUGAUGUGCAACCAUUUUCAUCAUCGGUAUUUAAUACAACACAUAUUAUAAAACAUUUGUCAUUUGGAACUGAUAUUGAAGGUGCUAAUACAGCUCCACUGAAUGGAAUCAUUGGACUUGCCACUGAAGGUGCAAUGAUGUUUCAGUAUUAUUUAAAAAUAAUACCAACUAUGUAUGUAAAGUUAGAUAAAACAGUAUUACACACAAACCAAUUCUCCGUCACUAGACAUCACAAAUCAGUUUCGAAUGUCCAUGCAGAAUCUGGUAUGCCUGGUGCUUUCUUCAGCUAUGAAUUAUCACCACUAAUGGUAAAAUACACAGAAAAAGAAAGGUCCAUUGGUCAUUUUGCUACAAACAUCUGUGCUAUAAUUGGAGGAGUGUUUACUGUUGCAGGCAUUUUUGAUGCUCUAUUGUAUCACUCAAUUAAUGCAUUUGAAAACAAACUAUUGCUUGGUAAAACAGGAUAAUUUAUAAUAACUGUUCACAAGGUUUUU